CCUGCCAGCACUUCAUGUGGAUCCAGACUAUAGUUCCCAGAACUGUCCCUACAUAUGUUAGCAGGAAGGCAACCGUCUGCAUAUUUUGCUGCAAGAAAGUAUGGCAACUGCUGCGGCACUGAGCGGUGAGCCUGAGGUAAUGGAUGUCCUGAAGGGAAUGCUGUGAAGUACAGCGCUGAGGGGCUUAAUCUGCCGAGUGCCAGGGAGCAGGUUGUGCUUCCUGCCUCCGAGGAAGCUUGCAGACAAGACCCGGGACUGGAAGCAGGCAGAGUACCAGCCGCAGGGCUGGGGUCUCAUGUGGUGCAGUCCCCUUCUUUAGAGCAUCCUCAUUGCAGGAACAGCAAGCUGGGGAAACUACAGUUCCCAUCACCCUUUUGUGCGUGUCCCCGCGAAACUACAGUUCCCAGAAGCUUUUAAUGAGCCAGAGAGGAUGUCUGUGGAAAUAAAUGCCGACGAGUUUUGCAUAACACCCUGCACCUCCGGAGUGCUGACCGGCCCAUGGUCUGUGAAAACGGGAACAGAGGAAAAGCCAGGGAGUGUCAGCGCUGUGGAGCUGUGAUUUUGCCCAGCUCAAUAGCCUCAGUGAUAGCCUCCAGCACCGAGCAACCUUCCUCUUCUCAGGACUCCCUCGGUAGUCACAGGGAAGAUCUAGCCCCCAGGAAACACGGCUGCUGCGGAGGGAGAGGCAGAUAAACUACAGAUCCCGGCAUUCUCCGACAGGCAGCACCUGCGGCAGUCCCUGCACGCCGUGGGGGAGGUGGGGGUGAGGAUGAGGAUGGAGGGCAGGGAGGAGAUGCAGGGCGCCGUGGGGCUACGCUGUACCUGGGACAUCCCGCCACCCGCUGGCACCCAGGCCAAGUGGGUGAGGCUCAAUGUGGGGGGCACCGUCUUCCUCACCACCAGGCAGACCCUGUGUCGGGAGCAGAAAUCUUUCCUGUGUCGCUUGUGCCAGGGCGAGGAGCUGCAGUCGGACCGGGAUGAAACUGGUGCAUAUCUCAUAGAUCGAGACCCCACUUACUUUGGACCGAUUCUGAAUUUCCUCCGUCAUGGGAAGCUGGUCCUUGAUAAAGAUAUGGCUGAAGAGGGGAUCCUUGAAGAAGCUGAGUUCUAUAACAUUGGUCCUUUGAUCCGAAUAAUCAAGGAUCGAAUGGAGGAGAAGGACUACACAGUGACACAGGUGCCUCCUAAGCAUGUCUACCGUGUGCUGCAGUGCCAGGAAGAGGAGCUCACUCAGAUGGUUUCCACUAUGUCAGAUGGAUGGCGUUUUGAGCAGCUUGUGAACAUUGGCUCAUCCUAUAAUUAUGGGAAUGAGGAUCAGACAGAAUUCCUCUGUGUGGUCUCCAAGGAGUUGUACAACUCCCCCAAUGGCCUGAGUUCUGAGCCCAGCCACAAAGCCAAGAACACAGAGGACCUGGAGGAGGAAGAGCAGGAGGUGGAGGAGGAGGCAGAGGCAGAAGCAGAAGCAGAGGAGAAAGGUGCAGCAAAUCCCUGAGGAAAAUGAUAAAAAUAACCCCCCAGACAUAGACUCGUCCACCUUUCUGCUGUUACAAGCCAGAGAUCUGAGGAUGUGAUCUGAACACUCCAGCCUUUUCAUUUCUUGUUUAUAUCUUUAUUUUUGUACUGCAAUGUAUGGCAGCCCCUUGUCCCACAGUGACGCCCCCAGCCCUCUACACCCUUGACAUGCAACCAUUUUUUUUUUACCAACUCACCUCGGAGGCUUGAGCUUCCAGCCCUGGAGGAGGGCAGAUGCUCCAUGGAGCCCCUGAGCUGCUGUAGGAGCGGGAGCCCACGGCCCCCUCCUAUGCCUGGCAGUCUGGCUUUCCUUAAUGUCACAGUGGCCCCUGGUGGGGACAUCAGCGAUCAGCCACUGCAGCCUGCGGUCCCUUCCCGAGCACGCUGGAUGCAGAUGGGGACCGAGGUGGUGGCAGCUGUGGAAGGACCAGCCCUUGCCCUUUCACUGUUGCAGGCAACUAGUGUGGGCUUGUGGGCUGGGGACAAAUGCAGAGCCACCGUCCUUUUCUGGGCCUCCUGUAUCACUCGGAGGUGUCCCUGUGCUGGGUAUCACAUUCCUUGGUGCUUCCCUCCCUGUCCCCCAAAGCAGCUCUGUGCCAGCAGUGUGAGAAGGAGAAUGGUGUGCUGCCUGGGUACCAGGAACAUGCUGGUACCUGAUGUUGUGUCAGCCACCACCAAGCAGAUCCCAGUUUUGGGGAGCGGGGCAUUUGCUUCACUGCUGUGUCUGAAGACUCCUGAAUAAAAUUCACAGUCUGU